GUCUCUGCCAUUUGUUGAGUUUCUACAAAGAGCAUCAGAAGAUAUACAUGAAAAAUCUUUCAUUGACAAGACAGAGAAAUAUUACCUGCGAGCAUUAGGUGAUGACCCUCGUAAAGAUGUGGCAAAUGUUGCAGUUCAAUUCCCCAACCUUUCAUCAGAUGUUCACAUUCCAAAAUAUUUUGAUAGCAGCAAAUUUUUCUCCAGUGUUUUCCGAAUGGCAUCAAAAGGAGUGCAGUUAUGGACACACUAUGAUGUAAUGGACAACAUUCUUAUUCAAGUAAUUGGCAGAAAGAAAGUUGUUCUUUUCCAUCCAAAUGAUGUUGACAAUUUGUAUAUGAAUGGGGAUAAGUCUCAGGUUCUUGAUGUUGACAGUCCAGACCUUAGCAGGUUCCCCAAGUUUUCUCAAGCUCGACAGUACAGAGGAUACUUGGAACCAGGGGACAUUCUAUUUAUACCAGCCUUAUGGUUCCACAACAUGACCUACGAAGACUUUGGUGUUGCAGUUAAUGUGUUUUGGCGGCACCUGGAAGAAAAUAUGUAUGACAGUAAAGAUCCUUAUGGCAACCAUGAUCCAGUACCUGUGCAACGUGCCAAUCAGAUUGUAGAUCGAGCCCUGAAAGCCUUGGAAGAGUUGCCAGAUGUUUAUCGUGAUUUUUAUGCAAGAAGAUUAUGUGAUAGGAUAAGGUCUAAAGCCUGUAUAAGAGACUUAUGA